AUGGAGCUACGACCUCGUUACAACCAACCUUUCACAUUAUCUGAGGCUAUUCUUCUUGACAUAUCUACUAUUUCUGAAGAAAUAACCAGGCUGCAAUACUCGAUCAAACGUCUACGCGAAACACAGGAGACACUUCAGGAAGUCAUCGACGAAGCGGAAUCGCCUGGAGCAGUGGACGUGGAGAUCGUGCAAGCUUUCAAAGAGAAUCAAGAAGUCAUAGGUUCUCAGGAAGAGCGCAUCCUCAUUCUCAAGCUCGCAUUGGCCGAUAAAGGUGUCAGCUCAGGUGCCCAUUACGAUGUUGACACUAGUACUCAAAUGACUGCGAAAUCACCUCUGCAUGAUUUCGACUUCGGCGAGGAUCACAAUGGUCCUGGAUCCAUCGAAGAAGACGAUUCAGGAGGACUUCAUCUGUAG